UCACGAUGUGCGCGCAGGACGUUCUCAUUCAAUCUUGGGAUUUCGCUGCGCUCGCAAUUUUCAUCCGCUUUUCGUCCUAUCGAACCUUUCGCAAGCACGCACGGUGAGAUUGCUUAUGAUAAAAUACUUGAAGAAAUUUUAUUUACGCUAAUAAAUUUAGACUAUACAAUUGUGCUGAUGCGUUGAAUGUAAAAUAUUUCACUGCUGAAAAUAAUAAAUACUAUAUAAAUAGAUAAGAGGAAAGCAAUUAAACAAACUUUAGUUUGUGUAAGGACAAACUUAUAAAAAUGACAUCCAAAGUGUUGAUGAAACUACCAACAGUGCCCUUUCCUCAAGGAAAGAAAGCACCACCUGAUUUGGUUUCUUUGAAUGAAAGAAAUGAUGGUUUUGCACAUGUUAGGCAUCAAAGCCUAAAUAUAGACAGAGUAGUACAGCUUGAGCAGAACAUGAAAUUUUUACAAGAACAGCAUCAGGCAACUCUGGUUGCUUUACAUCAAGAAAUAGAGUCUUUGCGUCAAAGAAAUAGAGAUUUACAGUUUCAAUUAGUAUUUUCUAAAAGAGCACAUUGCAAUGCGGCUAGCAGUCCUUCUUCACCUGAAGAUAAUGGAAAUGGGUUUGCAAAAUCAAAGAAUAGCCCAAUAUGUGUCAAUGUAACUCCUCUGCAAGUGGAGCUUUUGGAGAAAGACUUACAAGAUAUUAAGGCGUCAUUACAUGAGGCAAAAACACAUAACCAAUAUUUGUCGAGCAUUAUAGAACAGCAGAAAAAAAAGUUGGACAAAGAUCAAAAGAAUAAAAUCGAAACGACAGAUGUGGGAGUUCAAGUCGGAGAUCCUGUACAAGCAAGUCUGGUUGUACUUUUGGAGGAAUCAUACGCGAUGGUAAAGCGAUUACACAAGGAGAAUAUGGAUCAGAAGAAGGAGAUAGCUUCGCUAAGAGCGGCUUCAGCAAAUAAUGCCAGUUCCAGCAGAGGCGGACGUUCUCGCGAUGGUAACAACAGUCAUCAUAGCCGUGUUUCGCCUACAAGUACAACAAUGCAGGAACAGAAUUCUCGUAAAUUUCCACCGUUACCGAUACCGAGUUACUGGCAUCGCAGAUCAUCGAGAUACAAUGCAAAUCGGCAUGAAAAGCAAGAUCAUCAGGCCGAUACGGGCGAUUCGACCGUUUUACCCCAACUCCAGAACGGCAGCGUAAGAUCAGCAGAAGCGACUAAUUGCUUCGAGUCGCCAUCGUACCGAUCACGCGAAUAUCGCAAUUACGGUCGUGACGGCAAUAAUCGCAAGUUUAGAGGUCAAGCAUCACGAAGGGAGAGUAAUCAUUAUUAUCAUUCUCGCGAUUUUAAAGACAGAAAUUCUAAAGAUUAUCCGAGAGAUGCGGAUGAUACCGGUGAAGGUUCGAAGGACGGCGAUAAUGCACGGAGACAGUAAAUCGCGAAGAUAUGUCGCUGAUUUGUAGAGAUUAUAUAAUCUGGCGAAUUUUACUUCCGGAGCAUUGAAACGCAUUGAGAAUCUUUCAAUACUAUAACAGCUGUAAUAAGAAUAAUCGAUAACGAGUGAUCAAUGUUUUCUUGUACACAUUCACUGGUACUGAUAAAUCACAUCAGUUUUAUGCAUAUAUAGCUUAGAAUAGCGACGACAAUGACAAGCAUAAGCUGUACGAUUUUCGAUGGAACAAUCUAGUCCAAUACCAAUUUAUUCGUUAUAGACAGAGAUAAAGAAAUAUAGGAGAACUUGUGCUUUGUAGAUCGAUGAUACGAAUCAGCAUCAGAGUGUUUAGCAAAAGACUUUGAUAGACAAGAAGGCUUCUUCCCUUCUUACACUGAAACAGCAAAAGACUCGACCAAGCUUGCCAAAUGCUAGUCUUUUGGCUGACAUUUGUACUUGACGAACUUUAGCUUAAUAUACGUGCGAUAUAUUCCAAUGCUAUCGAUGCAUGCAUGUAUGUAUAUUAAACUUUUGCUCGAUGAUGAAGCAUUAAAGAACAGCUUCUCAGAAUCGAAUCUAGUCAUUUUCACGUAUUCUAUAUUAUUGAAACGGCAAAUUAUGGAACGAUCUUGCUACUAUUGAUAUGAUACACACAUACAUAUGUACAUGCAUACAUACAUACAUAU